AUGGAUUAUCCCUCGGUCUCUUGGCAGGAUCUGGCGGGUACAGAAAAGAUAUCGUGGUAUAAAAUAGGUAGAGCACAAGUCGACGCAGAAAUCCCCCAAGAAGAGACAUGGAAUGUCACUCGGAUACUGUUUAUCACCCGGCUUGUCAGCUUAUUCCGGUCUUGGCAUGGUGCAGGUCCGGGGGGUGUGCGAACGGCUAUAUGCUUGAGGACUUAUAGGGGUACGGUAUUGAUCAUCGCAUGCGAUGGAUUAUGGUUUCGCUAUGUGGUGGCAUGGUCGAUUGUUGAUGCCACGGGUCCUUGCGCUGUCAAGACUACAGUAUCCGAACCGAUAAAUGGUACGACCACGACCACGAGUGGUGGAGAACUAAACGCUGCUGUGCCCGCAUACCUACGUUUCCUCCCCCGUCCUGUCGCGUCGGGCAUGUUUCCUCUGUAG